AUGGAUUUGGAGGUGGUCACUUGUGGGUUUCAUGGGUGUGGUGGUUCUGGGCGACACGAGUUUCGUGGAUGGUGGUCUAGGUUUUGUGGGUUUCGUGGUGGUGGCUUAAUCGGGAUUAAUUCAAUUCGUGGUGGUGGUGGUGUGGGUUUUGGUGGUGGUUUUCAAUCGAUUCGUGGGUGUUGGUGGUUUUCGGUGGGUUCUGGGUUUUCGGUGGUGGUGGUUUUUGGUGGGUUCGGUGGUGGUGGUUUUCAGUGGGUUCUGGAUUUCGGUAGUGAUGGUGGUGAUUAUGGGUUUUGGGUUUGGUGGUUUUCGAUGGGUUCUGGGUUUUCGGUGGUGGUGGUUUUCAGUGGGUUCUAG